AUGAAGAAGCGUGGUUUCACGUUGAUUGAACUGCUGGUGGUUAUCGCCAUCAUCGGUAUCCUCGUUGCCCUGCUGCUGCCAGCCGUUUCGCGUGCUCGCGAAGCUGCUCGUAACGCAGAAUGCAAAAACAACCUGCGUCAGUUCGGUAUCGGCCACUACAUUUUCGCCGAUCAAAAUCCUUCCGGUCUGUUGGUCAGCGGUGCAUUCGACUUGCGUCGUGAUGGUUGCCCAGAUACCUACGGUUGGGUCAACGACCUGGUCAGCACCGGUGCUGCUGCUCCUGCUGAAAUGCUCUGCCCAUCGAGCCCACUCCGUUCCACCGAAAAGUUGAACGACUUCAUCGGUACCCUCGACACCGCUGACGGUAAAGACUCGGCUCCUUCCGAACGUCUUGCAGCUGGUAUCUGCAGCCAAAUGUUCAGUAGCACGACUGCUGGUAGCGCUGAACGUAUCGAAUUCGUCAAAGCUAACUUCCUCGACGCUGGCUACAACACGAACUAUGCUCAAAGCUGGUUCGCUGCCCGUGAACAGGCCAAGUUGACUGUCAAUGCUGGCGGAACUUACAUCACCACCACCGAAAGCCUGAAGGGCUACGAAGGUGCACGCUACGGUCUCCGCGUUCGCGUUAGCGAAUCGGCUAUCGUUCCUACCCAAGCCAUUCCACUGCUGGGUUGUGGUGCUCCUGGCGACGUCGACGAAGCUAUUCUGUCGAACGACGUGAGUGCUGAAAUGGAUCUGCUCGCUGACGCUCCACUCGCUGAAGCAUUCAACGACGGUCCAGCUUACGCCGACCUGACCGACGACACCGUUCGUCUUGCUGGCGAUGGCGAAACCGUCUUCAGCCUUGGCACGACUGCUGACGGCGAAUGGGAUGGUUACCAGGAAAAGGAAGGUUGGGGUAACCCAGACAAGAGCUCUUCCACGAGCCUGACCGCUUCCAACACCACCAUCACUAUCAACUACAACAGCGAAAGCCAGCGUCUUGCCGCUAACCUCGGUAACGACAAGCAGUGGGCACAAGACACUCGUGACUGGUUCGCUUGGCACGCUUCCACCCAAGGUGGCGGUAGCUGCAACAUCCUGUGUGCUGAUGGUGGCGUCAAGACGGUCUUCGACCUGAACGGCGACGGCUUCCUGAACCCAGGUUUCAACAUCAACGACGAUGGUUCGGCUGAAGAAUCCUUGCUCGUUUCGACCACCGGUUACACCGGCAGCACUGUUGAACUCGAUUGGUUCGACGUCUACUGCGGUGUCCAGUUGGUUAGCCGUAAGAACAGCAAGGGAGGUUCGGAGUCGAUCGAAUUGGACUGGGACUUGAAGUUCAAGUCAGGCCCCUUUCUCCAAAACGCAGUCGUCUAUACCAACGACCCAGAUCGAAAAGAGAUCGCCUUCGAAGUGAAAGGGCUGAUCGAAACACGACUAGGCCUCACCGACGACAACGUGACGUUCACCGCUCUUUCAAGCGACGGCCCGCAGAUGAAGGAAGUCCUGCUUUAUUCCAAGACCUGGCAAGACUUGAAAGAUGUCCAAUACGAAAUCAAAGCUGACAUCCCCGGCAUGAAGGUCGAUUUCCUACCUGCCACCGACGAGGAACGGAAAUCGGUCAAAGCCCGGUCCGCCCGGAAAGUUAGAAUUGAAGUCCCCUCCGAACUCGAAUCAGGCUAUCACGUUGGCCAAGUCGAAAUAACCGCGAAGCCUUCUCAAUCGGAAUCAAGCGAAGCGCCGUCGACAGAAGACUCAGAAGAGAGCCUCGGGGAAACGGUAAGCCUAAAUGUAUCCUUCAAUGUCAAAUCACCGGGCGCUAAGUUCUUUUCGACUUUGAUCGAUGGAUAUGGCGUGAUAACGCUCGGAAGAAUUGAUUCGGCAAAAGGGAGCGAACUGCUCAAGAUCAACUUUCGCGUCGAUCGGUUAACUCCAGCGUGGAGUGUAUCCUCCGUCGAAACGUAUCCCGAGUUUGUGGAAGCAAGCGUUGUUCCCUUGGACGAAGAGAUCGGACUCUACCAGCUUCAAAUCCAAAUUCCGCCUGGGGCCAAACCUGGAAACUACUAUUCCGAAUAUGCAGGGGGCGUUCGCAUCAAAUCCGAUCACCCUCAGCUGCCUCAGGUCCCCUCCCGUGAAAGUGGAAUCAUUUUGAAGUUCCAUAUCGACUGA